AUGGAGUAUCUAUCACAACUGCUACAACAGUCCAGCUCCCCAGAAAUGGCAAAAGAAGCACUCUUAAUAGCUAUUUGUAUAGGAAGUAGACCUCUCGUAGAACUCAUUCUCACAAUCUUUCAAGAAUUCCCUCAUGAAGAACGAAGUGGUUGCUCGAACUCGCCUGCGUUCUUACCGCACAUAACUCCUCUGAUGCUUGCAUGCAUUCUCAAUAAUUUCGCCAUCGUUCAAUGCCUACUACUCAGAGGACACACCAUAGAUAUUCCACACCACUCCGGAUGUGGGUUGAUUGUUGAUGUGUUUCGUGCUAUAAGUUCCGAGGCGUUUCUUUGGUUGGCAACCGACGAUCCGUUUGCAGCGGCAUGCUCACUGGCUCAAGACAUCGAAACGUGUAUGGAAAACGACAACUUUGAGUUUAUGGUAGGAGGAAAAGCUCAUAGCAACGAAAUAGACGAUACAAACUUCCAGUGUACUCCACACUACCUGAAAUGUAUCCUAAAAUGUAUAUCUGAAUCAGAACCCAAUCAAAGAUGCAAACCUGACUGCGUAGUUGGAAUAUUUUAUCUAUUUCGCUCAUUUCCAAGUUCACUGCAGAUUUCUGUCGGCCGUUGUGUAUCGACCAUCUACAACUACUUGGUGGUGAUGGGAGUGAUUAUGUUUUCGUUUGCCGUUGGCGUAAAUCUGCUUGUACAGCCCUAUCUAAACAGUGUUGCCAUCAUGGAAGAUGGAGUGGUGCAUAUUUGCAAAACUCUGGACCGCAGGUGUCUGCGGUGGGGAACGAACGCGCUAUUUUCCAUUCCAGUGUACGGCUACCUCGAUCCUUCUAUUUACCCUGUCGUGGCUGGAAAUUCUGGUCCAAAUCAAUCACCAGUCGAUCAUGCAAUCAGUUCGUUUGCGAUCCUUACGGCCUACCACUGUAUCAUUGUGAUAGCUUUACUCAAUUUAAUGGUGUCACUGCUUGUGAAAAAAGCUGAUGAAGUGCUGGAGAAUGAAGAAAGCGAGUUCAAGUACACUCGUGUCGUCAUCUAUUCGGAAUAUAUGGACUGGUCGUCCGCGGUGCCACCACCAUUUAAUCUACUUUACAUCAUCAAGCAAAUUGUGAUAAAUUUUUUUUGGGAUGGAAACGUUACGUGGGCUGGUGCAGUAGUAAGCGCCAUACCAUAUGCACGUGGUCAUUGGUUCGAUCCCUCCCGCAUUCAACCAAACUAUGCUUUACAUGCAUCCGGGUACGGCAAAUUGGUAGUUGUCUAG